GUUGAUAGUUCAGCAAAUGAAAUGGCGACGUUACCCCCAAGGAAAAACGCGACACCUACAAAAAUAUCAAGACAGUAUCUAUCACCAUUGCAAAUACUUUUGCAGAUGGGAUUUCCCAAACAUAGAGCGGAGAAGGCAUUAGCAGCAACCGGCCAUAGAGGUGUUCAGCUUGCAUCUGACUGGCUACUAGCACAUGUGAAUGACCCGACACUGGAUGACAAUAGUCCACGAGAGUACAUAUUAUAUGCAUGCCCAACAGGCCCAUUCUUUGAACAGCUGGAAAAUUUUUGGAAUUUGUCGCUUGCACAGUGUGGUUGGAAUGGUGCACACAGUUUCAUGCCUCAUAUAACUUUAGUUUCAUUUUUUAAGGCUCCUGAUGAAAGUGCCCAGCAGUUAGCACGAACUCUCAAGCAUGUUGUUGAACUGCAAAGAGUGAAUUUAAAGGAACCCUUGAAACUGGAAACAUAUGUCUCACAGAACUUCAUGGGUUUUUUUGUGCAUGAGGAGCAUGCUGAUAUUCUGAAAAGGAUUGCCCUGCAAUAUGUUAAAGAGGUGUCAAAUGCAAUCAUAAAUGAUAAUUACGAACACCUCGACGCACUGUCAGCUUGUUUUCCAUGGUGCACCACAGCUACUGAUAGAUAUGUUCCUCGUGGAGUCAAAUCAAAUGAUGGACGUGUUUAUAAGAGGCCAACAGCUGUCAGUAUGGAACCACACGUGAAGUCCUUACAUUUGACUCUGGCUUACCAGUUUUCUCCUACACAGUUCGGAGCAUUGAGAACUUUGGUAGAAAGCCUAAAUCCUUGUGCUCCUGGCAAUUGGGAAGUACGCCUGUACUCCAGGGACCCUCGGUUGUCUUCGAAACAGGUUCACAAAGUUCUGUAUCCACAUAUGCCACGUGAAUCUGAUGAACUUGAGCUCCGCAUUGGUGAUUACAUUUAUAUCAGCAGUGAAGCACUUGUUAACACACCAGAUGGUUGGGUUGAAGGCACUUCAUGGCUUACCGGAUGCACUGGAUUCUUACCUGAGAACUACACAGAAAAGACAGCUGAGUCAGAUGCCUGGACAUUGCACAGAACAGUUAGUCUUAGUGAAACAUCACUGCCAUCUCCCCCUGUGACAGAGCCGGAUGAAACAGUGAGAACCAUGGAUCCUUCAGCAGAUCCUCCUUGUAUAUUCUCUGAGUCUGUGACAGAUGCUACUAGCAGCUCCAAACCAUCAGAUGGAACCAGUGAUUCUGGUGACGAGAAACAUACUGAGGAUGGAGUGGUCUGUACAAGUGCAGAGUCAGAAGCAGCCUCUGAGGUAACUAACAGUGAACCACGCCACCUGUAUAUUGUUCGUCAUGGGGAGAGAAUUGACUUUACAUUUGGAACAUGGAUCCCAUACUGUUUUGAUGAAAAAGGUAAAUAUAUUCGCAAAGAUCUCAACAUGCCACAGUCAGUCCCAGCUCGAAGGGGUGGACCACAAUCGUUCUUCAAAGACUGUCCCCUUACAUGUGUUGGGGAGCUACAAGCUAAGCUAGUGGGAGAGGCAUUACGAGGUUCUGGAGUUCAAAUGAAGCAUGUAUUCUCAUCACCUUCCCUCCGCUGUGUGCAGACUUGUGCUGGUGUGUUAAGAGGGCUUGGACAAGAAGAUAAACUGCCUAUAGCAAUUGAACCUGGUCUCUUUGAGUGGUUAGCAUGGUAUCCCGAUUCUCUUCCUGACUGGAUGACUAUCGAGGAAUUACAAGCAGCAGGUUUUAAUAUCUGUACAAACUAUAAGCCACUUAUACGUGUAGAGGAACUGCAUGACCGACAAGAGAGUGUUGAACAGUUUUAUAUGAGAAGUUUUUAUGUAGCACAAAGUAUCGUGAAAAGCACUGCUGAUGUUGGAGGAAAUGUUUUGCUAGUAGGACAUGCAGCAACACUUGAUGUCUGUUCCCGUCAGCUGACAGGAUGUGCACCUAGAAAUCGUGCUGAUAUGACUCGUUUGAUACAGAAGAUACCAUAUUGUAGUACAGCUACAGUUCGUGAAGUCAGCUCUGGAAAAUGGGAACUAGAUGAACCACCAAUACCACCUGUUACACAUUCAAAUAAUAUGCGCUUUGAUUGGAAGGCGCUUCUUUCAUAACAGUCACGGAUACUGUUCUAGUUCCUGGUGAUUAAAGCAUUGUGUAUGUUGCAUGUAUUAAGAGGUUUGGACACUCUUUUGUGUGCAUACUCUGCAUAUGUUUCGGCAGCUAGCACUACCAAAGUUUUACCCCCUGAAGUCAUAUGGUAAUGUGAACUAGUCUGUUUUGCUGACAAGGCACACAAGCACCAUGCCAAAGGUGUUCCCAAAUACAAGACCAUUUGUGUAUUAUUUAUAUAAUUUCUUGGACAAUAUUAAUAAAACAUUAUUUUUUAAAUAA